AGCUCAACUAGUGGACGGGUGCUUGCUACAUGAUGCGUGCUGCAACGAAGAUUCUCGUGCUUCUGGGCGUUUGUCUCCUGUUCAGUGAUGCUUUUGGAAUCAGUGUAACGGAGGUGAACAAAGAACAUGCGAAGAGGGGAAGCGCCACUGAACAAAAGCCUCAGGCUGAACCUGGACCCCCAAUCAACAUUAAGGUCAAUGUGCUCUCUUCCACCGCCUUGGAAGUGACCUGGGACCCAGCGCCGGAUUCCACACCACAGUAUUACCGUGUUCUGUCGCAUGGGUCCGGAAUUCCACCUGGAGAUCAGAUCGUAUAUGAUCAAUACUAUCGUUUGAACUCACUGUUAAGCUGUACGGAAUAUUUCAUAACCAUUGUAUCCGUUUAUGAUAAUGAAGAAGAAUAUUGGAGUGAUGGAGUUGAAGGAAUCACUGAGAGUGAAGUUCCCCCAAUGCCAGCCAACUGCACCAUCGUGAAGGAGGCCAGCCACUCGGUGUCGCUCACCUGGGGUCAUCCUCUCACAAACUGCCCGGUGUACAAUUAUAACGUCAGUUGGCUGUGGGUAGCGCUGUGGAACGAGACACUGGUCGACGAGGACUGGGACACGAGCGGGGAAAUGAGUUACACCAUCGGAAACAUCCGGCCGUACAGCGAGGUUCUAAUUUCCAUCCGAGGCAAAACUGCAUCGGGAUACGGUCUGCCGGUAGAGUGCGAGGCUAGGACCGAAGAAUACUAUCCAAGCUCCCCGAAGAUCGUUAGUGUAACAGAAGGACCAGACUAUUUGUCCGUAACGUGGGAUCCUCCUGAGGAGUCAAACGGAGUCAUCGAACGGUACAGGAUCACGCGAAUCGUCAAUGCAGAGGAGUUGCAAGAAUUGGCAGACGGGAACACUUUGACGAAGAGGCUGUACGGUAUAGAAGCUUGUCAGAACUACACACUAACCGUUGCCGCAACGACGGCGAAAGGGUUUGGGAAGGAAUCCGACAAGUGGGACAUUUAUGUCACAGGAGAAGCUCCUUUGGAAACAGUGAGAUGUACUGGAGAAGCUUCUAGAAACUUCACUGUGAUCUGGGACCAUGGAAGCGUCACCUGUAAGGAUCAGAACUAUUAUAUCACCUGGAACUCUACUGUUUUGUGGUCAGAUGAUAGAGGCCAAGGUGAAGCAGAGGUUCCCGGAAACGAAACGACGUACGCCUUCCUUGACACGCCUCCCUACACUGAAUACACUGUGUGCGUGACCAUCACCAAGGGCGCAGAGGGAAGCGUGUGCUGUGACCACAUCACGGCAGAAGAUGGCCCCUCGCAGCCAACCAUUGCGGAAAUAUCCUCCUUCCGCGGAGACGUUCAACUUCGCUGGUCGCCUCCUGAAGAAGCCAAUGGCAUUGUGAGGGGCUACAACGUUUCAUGGGGGAGCGCGGACGCCGACUCGGGGACUCAGGCGUUUGAGGACGUAUCUGAAGGAUUGGUUGCAGGUCCGAAAACCUGCAACUCUUACGCCUUCUCUGUGUCCGCUGGCACGAUCGUUUGGGGGAAUAAAUCGGAGACUAAAGAUGUGGAUGUUGUUAAUUACGUUGCCACCGUGUCCUGUAGCAGUGGAGGCACAGACAAAAUUCAUGUCCUGUACAAAUUCGCGACAACGCAGUGCAAGUUCAACUUGAGAAACACGAACUGGAAAGUCGACGUGCUAUGGAACAAUAAAACAUCUACGGGUUCGGAUUCCGAAGACGCCAGCCCCUCGGAAGGCAGCUACACCGUGCACAGCCUGGACCCUUACUCACAGGUGGAGGUGUGCAUGAGCGUGCCUGGCAGGGACGAGGAAAAGGCCUGCUGCACCGGUACCACAGACGAAGCUGUUCCGGACAAGCCGAGUGAGGUGAUCCCAUCCGAAGUGACCAACACGACAGCCCGCAUCUCAUGGACGAGGCCCAGCCACGUUUACGGCGCCAUCAAGUCCUGGGAAGUGAAUCUGCGAAAGGCCAGCGAGAAUGAUUGGAUGUCGCACGAAGUUGAAGGGAAAUUGAUGUACUUCGAUGCUACGGAUCUGACGCCUUCCACGAAUUACGAGGUUUUAGUGAAGUGCCAAACAGGAGGCGGCUUAGGCGAAGGUCAACACAGCAGCUUCAAAACACUCAACCCGGACAACACCUCUGACAGCUCACCCAACAUAGGGCUUAUCAUCGGCUUAUCAGUAGGAGUAGGAGCUUUGUUACUACUGGCGUUCGUGGGCAUCAUCCUCCAUCAGAAGAAGAAGAAGAAGACCUUGAGCGAUUAUUCGGAGAAGGAAGCUCCACCACAGUCGCAUAAUAACAAUGGAUUCAUUGACAAAGAUGAGCUACGCAAGGGUGAUGAAUAUGAGGAGGAUUAUUUAUGAGUUCGUCUGCUUGGAUGUAACACACAAGCUUCAAAAUUCCAAGCGCCGGGAAUCACAUCAUCCAUGCACAUAGAGACAGUUAUUAAAUUACUCGCUCACUCAUUCACUUACAAGCACACGGAAAUACUUGCUUAUGUACAGUACGUGUAUCGGACCCUUUGUAAGAGUACUUGCUUUUGAUGGGAGAAAGCGUGGAGUCAUCAAAGCAGGUAAACGUAUAUUAGAGGGUGACGCCUGAUUUUUUUUUUUUUUUUUUUAUUGUUAUUGUUUUAUGCUUGGCGAGUGUGGUCAUUUGUUGUAGUCUAGUUCCAGGUCCAUUAAAAGGACAUAACUAUAUAUAUAUAUAUAUACACACACACAUAUAUAUAUGUAUAUAUAUGUAUUCACACACACAUACACACACACACACACACACACACACAAACA